ACGAUGAAACUAUCCUUUCAUAGUCAAGUUCAGUCAAUGUAUGACUUAAUGAAAGCAUUCUCUCAGAUACAGCUCAGGACAACAGCUGGUAGUGAGAGGGCAAUAAAUAAGUAACGAAGAAACAAAAUACACUGAGCUGAAAUUAAAAUACACCUGCCAGAUGCCUAUAGUGUCAUUUGCUUUUACAACAAAGGGCCGGGAAAUUCCCUUCGUGUCACGUUACCGAAUCGAAAUUACUGUUGCAUCAUCUUUGGGGUUUUAAGAGUCUACCUACAGUCCAGAAGGCUAAUUUCAGCGGUCGCCUUAUGUUGUAAGGAGUAAUUCAAUGAUGGAUUCAAUUCGUAAAGCAUCUCAGAGGACGCUCACAGGUUACGCAUUGUUCUUCUCAUUAUGUAUCACGGGUGUUCAAGCUAACAAUAAGCGAACAGAAUGCCCUGACGAGCAGAUCGCACUGGAAUGUCCCGACCUGGAAUCGGUCCUCCAAAAUGGAACUUUUCUAGAGUUUCAAUGGAGGGUCACUGACCCUAAACAUCUCAAGAAGCAAAAUAUUGUCUACUGCAACCAAAGUUGGCAGUGUACCAGAUACAAGAACAUAAAAAGUUUCCAUCAGAGAAUCAAAGUAAGCAAUCCUGUUCAUGGAACACUUCUUGUGAAACAGAUGAAGCUGGACGAUCGACUUGUCUACACUUGCGUCAUAGAACGCAGCGGAAACAGAGGCCCCAUUGCUAAUAAAAUAAUUGUCACUUCUUCAAAGCAUUGUCUAUCCUCCACUGCUGGGCAAAACCUGGACCUGGGUCAAACAUUCCAGGGUAUGGUUUCUAAGGAAACAGUGGAAGACAUUGAGUGGUACAGAGUCUCACAAGAUGGAACGAAAGUGAAAAUAGCAUACUGUAGCCCCUCCUCGCCAUGCAGGUUGGUGGAAAAUUGCAUCAGCUCCUGUCCAGAGUACCUAACAAGACUGAAGACAGACGGGGUGUCAAUCAUUCUGUCGAAUGCCACAAAGACUGACCGCGGAUUGGAAUUUCGAUGCCUGAUACAUCCUAAGAUUAUGACCAAAGGACCUCAAGUCUACAUGAUCAAGAUCAAAGAUAUCUCGCCUCGAAAAGCUGUAGAUAUAGAAAUCAACCGAACAACUUUCAAACCCAGGACAACGGCAACAUCUGCCGCCAACACGACCGCACCCACUGGAAACAACCCAGGAUCUUACAGUAUACAGAAGAACAGCUGGUUGAUAGCGUUAAGUGUUGUGAUUAGCUUGCUAAUUGGUAUAUUUUCACUGAUAGUGGACGGGUGUAAAAAUUACAAAAUCCUAAAUGGAGUAGAUCGCGCUCAAGGAUACACAUUACAGGCGCAACAGAGAUGUGAUAGUGACCUGCAACUAGGUUGGUACCGCUUCCAAGGACUUGCGGGGGAUCAAAUGGCGGACACGUGCGUUUCCAUGCUUCGCUGUGGCACUGUCGCUUCAGGUUGGCUUUCUGGUGUACACCCUACAGUCGCCGAUGGUGUGGUGGUUCGUCAAGUCUGUUAUAACUGGUUAUCGUGCUGUGGUCAUAGUGAUGACAUUAAAGUCCGGAACUGUGGCGCUUUCUUUGUGUAUGAAUUAAAGCCGCCGCCUUCGUGCAAUCUGCGGUAUUGUGGCAACGGAAGUGCAGGUAAGUUGCUGCGUUGA